AUUUCUUCGCCAAACUCUUUACAAAGGAGGAGGUAAAUCAUGAAGCUGUAGUAUGUGAUGUUUACUUCCCAGUUCUUGAUGAUGACUUCCUUAUAAGGUGUAGACGAGUUUCCCCUGAGGAAGAAAUUAAAGAGGCUAUUUUUAGUAUGGGAGCCCUCAAAUCGUCGGGACCAAAUGGUUUGAAUGUGCUUUUCUUCCAGAAUCAAUGGCCUACUGUAGCUUCUUUGCAUCAGGCGGAGAUUGUCAUGCAGACUAUUAAAUGCUUCUAUUAUAGUUCGGGAUUGAAAGUCAAUUCAGACAAGACUAGAGUUUUCUACUCUCACAAUGUUAAUCAUAAUAGAAGCCGUGAGAUUAAUUCGAUCUUGGGAUUCAUGCAAACUGCUAAUCUCGGGAAGUACCUUAGGGUUCCUUUACUUCAUUCUCGAGUGAAGAAUGAUAUUUUUGAGGAGGUGGUUGAUAAAGUUAAACGAAGUCUUUCAUCUUGGAAAGUUAAUUCUUUAUCUUCGGCAGGUGGGGCCACUCUUUUAUCUUCGGUUACUUCUGCUAUACCAAGUCACAUAAUGCAAUAUUCUUCUCUUCCUAUUAACACUUGUGAGCAUCUUGAUCAGUGUAAUCGCAGUUUUCAUUGGGGGAGUGAUGGAAACUAGAGGAGAAUUCCCCUUGUUGCAUGGGAUGUUAUUGGUAGACCUAAGAGCAAAGGCGGGUUAGGAUUGAGACAUGCUCACUCACAAAAUCAAUCCUUCCUUAUGAAACUGGGCUAGAAUCUUAUCAAGAGAAGGGAUGCUCUACGGGUUUGUGUGAUUCGAAACAAGUACAAAUGUGGGGAGGAUUUAUUGCCCAAAAUCAAUCGAAAGAUAAGAGGGUCUAAUGUUUGGGCAGGAAUCAAGGACAUAUGGGAGAAGGUGGUGAAUGAAUUGGAAAUGGUGAAUGAAGGUAGAAAGGUUAGAUGGAGGUGGGAAAAGCAUGGCACGUUCUCUGUGAAAUCGGCAUAUGAGUACACCUCUCAUGCCCACACACCAAACUUUGGGAGCGUAUUUGGAAACUGAAGGUCCCACAAAGAUGCCAUAUGUUCCUGUGGAUUGUCUCACAUGGUCGUCUCCUUACUAAUGCAAAUAGAAGGAGGCGUGGUUUAAUUGAUAAUGAUAUGUGCUCAAUCUGCAAGGAAGGGGUGGAGGACGCAAUACAUGUGCUGAGGGAUUGCCCUGUCACUCAAAAUCUCUGGUCGUCCAUUAUCCCUUCUGAUAAAUGGAAUUAGUUCUUUCGACAAGACUUGAAUGCGUGGAUCAAGUGGAAUAUAUCUCGGGCUAGUACUGUUGAAGGAAAUGAGUGGAAUAGUCUCUUUACCAUUAUCUGUUGGUGGACUUGGCGGAGGCGAAACGAAGUUGUUUUUGAACAGAAGCGUCUUAAUAAUGAGUCUAUUAUUCUGAGUUCGAGAGCUAUGGUUAGGAGCAUGGUUGAAUCUGGUAAACACCUCUUGGGUCCAAGUGUGUUUGAAAUAAAUAGAUGGAUCACUCCUAAUCAUGGCUGGGUUAAAGUGAAUAUAGAUGGUGCGUUUGCUCAAGCAUCAAACACCAACGCAUGUGGCGGACUGAUUAGAGAAUCCGAUGGAAACUUCAUUCGAGGGUUCAUAUGUAGGCUUGAUAACGGGGAUGCUCUUUCUACGAAAUUAUGUGCUUACAUUCAUGCAUUAAAGCUGGCAUGGGACCUGGGCUAUUUUAAGAUUGAGCUGGAAUAUGACUCCAAGGAGGCUAUUGACUAUAUGCAGAAAGGGUGUGACCCAACUCAUCUGGAAUACGAGGUCAUUGAGGAAGCUCGUUUGCUGGUUCAUCGUGGCUGGGAGACUCGGAUGCGGCAUGUAUUGAGAAGGAUUAAGGGAGCUGUCGAUCGGCUUGCAAAAUGUGGAUUAGAAGCGUUGCUUGGCUUCCACCAAGUGCUGCAGAUUCCUGAAGAUCUUGCUCACAUUGUGGCUAAGGAUUGUAAGAAUACCUCUAGUUGUAUUGGCUAGCUGGUUUUUUGGUU